UUGGAGGCAGAGCUGCCGCAAUGUUCCGGAUCGAGGGUCUCGCGCCCAAGUUGGACCCGGAGGAGAUGAAGCGGAAGAUACGUGAGGAUGUGGUCUCCUCCAUUCGGAACUUCCUCAUCUACGUGGCCCUGCUGCGAGUCACUCCAUAUAUCUUAAAGAAGCUGGAUAGCAUCUGAGGACGGGCAGUCGGGUGGAUGCAUGGCAUGAAGACCUGGUGACCGCUUCUUCUCCUGUCUGCAGCUGAAUUGGCCCAGAAAUGUGUAAGGCUGAUUAAACGGACAUAUAAACUACUUGUGGAGAACAAGUAGGACUUUGAGAACUGACCUCCAUAGCUGAAAUAUAA